AUGGUUUCACGAGCAGAGUGCAUUACAGGGUCAGUAUUCACAAGCAUGCAGGCCAACAGAUUAGGGCUAGUUUUUCUCGUCGUCCUAGGCAGCUCAGCUUUGGCGCUUCCUGCAAACCGCCUACACAAGCGCCGCCUGGACGAGUUCGGAGUGAUGAUUACGCUAUUGACCGGUAGAGGCGCUCUUGACUACGACGAGUACGGGAAUUGGUGUGGGCCUGGUGGAGAUGGAGAGACUGUGGACGACAUAGACGAGUGCUGCAAGUCACAUGACAAUUGUUACGAGCGCAUCGGUCACAACGAGUGUCACAUGCGUUUUGUACCCGAGGACUUCCGUACCUACCUGACGCAUUACGGCUACAAAGUAGGCAGCAGCAACUCCAUUAUAUGCACGGAUGACCCCGUGAAGAACGCCUGUAAGCGUAGCCUGUGUGAGUGCGACAGAGAAGGCGCAAUGUGCUUUGCUCGCUUCAAGGAUGCGUACAACAGCGACAAUCGUAAAGACAGCCUGAUAGGAAAGUGA